AAACUUUGGACGGUGGAUUUUUGGAACACUUAUUUGGAGAGGCAACAAAGGACAAGAGUGCAGUGUUGCAACAGCACACAAGGAGACCCUGGCUCCUGCAAAGAUGGCUGACGAGGCGCAGCCUGACCCCGACAGCCUGCAGAUUCCCGGUGAUCAUUUAUCAGCCCCUCCAUCGCCUGCCGCAGCUCGAAAUGACUGCAGCAUCACACCCCUCACACCUUCGCCCUCACCGAGGGUGGAGGUCAGACCCCGGAUGUCCUGUCCUUUCUCAGUUGUCGUGGCGAUAGACUUUGGGACGACCUCCAGCGGCUACGCCUUUAGCUUCACUCAGGACUCAGAGGCCAUACACAUGAUGAAGCGCUGGGAGGGAGGGGACCCCGGUGUAGCCAAUCAGAAGAGCCCAACGUGUCUGCUUCUGACUCCUGAAUUGAAGUUCCACAGUUUUGGGUUUGCGGCCCGGGACUUUUACCACGACCUGGACCCGGAGGAGGCUCGACACUGGCUCUACUUCGAUAAGUUCAAGAUGAAGAUCCACAGCACAAGUGACCUCACCAUGGAGACGGAGCUGGAGGCGGUCAGCGGGCGGAAGGUCAGGGCCAUCGAGGUGUUUGCUCACGCCCUGCACUUCUUCAGGGAACAUGCUCUAAAGGAGGUGAAGGACCAGUCGUCAUCAGUGCUGGAGGGAGAGGACAUCCGAUGGGUGAUCACCGUCCCAGCUGUGUGGAGACAACCCGCCAAACAGUUCAUGAGAGAGGCUGCAUACCUGGCUGGUCUGGUGUCUCCUGAUUGUCCGGAGCAGCUCCUCAUCGCUCUGGAGCCGGAGGCCGCGUCCAUUUACUGCCGCAAGCUCCGCCUCCACCAGGUGCUCGACCUGAGCUUACAGCCAAUCACAAACGGCUUCGACCAGGAAGGCUCCAGGCCCUUCGAAUCCAGCUUCAGACAAGCGAGGGAGCAGUUGAGGCGAUCCAGACACAGCAGAACCUUCCUGGUGGAGAGUGGAACCGGAGAGCUGUGGUCGGAGCUGCAGACUGGGGACAGGUAUAUCGUUGCAGACUGUGGAGGUGGGACAGUGGACCUGACGGUGCAUCAGAUCGAGCAGCCACAGGGAACACUCAAAGAGCUCUACAAAGCUUCAGGCGGUCCGUACGGUGCGGUCGGAGUGGACCUGGCCUUUGAAGCCAUGCUGUGUCAGAUCUUCGGGGAGGACUUCAUCAAGAGCUUCAAGGCCAAGCGUCCGGCGGCCUGGGUGGACCUCACCAUCGCGUUCGAGGCGAGGAAACGGACUGCGGCGCCGGGCAGAGCCAACGCCCUCAACAUCUCCCUGCCCUUCUCUUUCAUCGACUUCUACAAGAGACAACGAGGGCAGAGUGUGGAGGCCGCCCUGAGGAGGAGCAAUAUGAACAUCGUGAAGUGGUCGUCCCAGGGGAUGCUGCGGCUCACGCAGGAAGCCAUGAACGAGCUCUUCCAGCCCACCAUCAGCAAUAUAGUCAAACACAUCGAGGAGCUGGUGGCAAAGCCUGAGUUGCAAGGCGUGCGUUUCCUCUUCCUGGUUGGUGGUUUUGCCGAGUCGCCCAUGCUGCAGAAAGCUGUCCAGAGAGCAGUGGGGCGGACGUGUCGCAUCAUCAUCCCCCAUGACGUGGGACUGACCAUUCUGAAGGGGGCCGUGCUCUUUGGGCUGGAUCCCACCGUGGUCAGAGUGCGUCGCUGCCCCCUCAUCUACGGCGUCGGCGUCCUGAACCGCUUCGUGGAGGGGCGCCACCCUCGGGACAAACUCCUCAUCAAGGACGGCCGUGAGUGGUGCACCGACAUCCUGGACCGCUUCGUCUGCGUGGACCAAUCGGUGGCUCUGGGCGAGGUCGUGAAGCGGAGCUACACCCCCGCUCGUCUGGGGCAGCGCAAGAUCAUCAUCAACAUCUACUGCAGCCCGUCGGAGGAUGUCACCUACAUCUCAGACCCCGGGGUCAGGAAGUGCGGGACGAUUACUUUAGACCUACCGGAGCCGCUACCGCUACCGGGAGCAGUGGGAGGAGAAGGCGGAGGAGGAGAAGCAGGAGGUGCAGGAGGAGGAGGAGGAGGACCGGAGAGGAGAGAGAUCAGAGCCACUAUGCAGUUUGGAGACACGGAGAUCAAAGUCACAGCGGUUGACGUCAUGUCUAACCGCUCCGUCCGGGCUUCCAUAGACUUCCUGGCUAAUUGAGGAGGAGCAGGAAGUGGAGAACAGGAAAAAACGGAUUCUUGGGAUGAUAAUUGUAGAAUAAUAAACGGUACUUUGGGAGUGGGAGACAGGUUUGUUUGGACUUCAAAGACUCACAUCCUGUGAUUAAGACAUUUAGGCUUUACAUUUACUCAUUAAAGUAGAGAAUAAAAGUGUAUUCAAACUUAGCCUUUUUUAUUUUUUUUACUCAGCAUCUCCUCAACUGGAGGGUAGGGCACCCUUUAUUAACAAGAGAAGAAGAAAGUGUCUACUGUCUUCAGUCACCUUAUAAUGCUGUCACACGCAUUUCCUGCCCCUUUCCUUUUGUAUGACCUCUGUAAAGCCAUAAUGGAAGCUGGAGCAGUACACAUCCCUUCUCCAAUAAACGGAUACCUUCUAAUAAAUCAACCUGUCCGUAUUAUACUACCUGGAGUGAGACUCACUCACGUUAAUUAUUUAAUAGGAAGACCGUUUCCUUUUCCCCUCAUAUAAUGUAUCACACAGGGAUGUCAAAAGGGUCCGAUACCUCAUUCAUAUUUUUCUGUCCAUAUAUGAGCUAUUCACAUCUACCUGGAUUGCAGCUUUGUUCACGAUGUGACUGUGGUUGAGCGUGACCUAGUGGUGAAAGACUGAACUACAAGCUAAAAAUCAUCAUUGAAGUAGAAACUAAGGACCCUUUAAAAGGAAGGACUGUGGCAUUAUUGCAAGAUUUGCAAGUUACUUAAACCUUACAUCACUAUUCAGUUGUAUGGUUUAGUAUUAGACGUUUUUCACAUCACAUUACUUGAGUAAAAUUGUCUUUAAAAUAUAAGUCUGCUCCUUUGGGGGCUUUAUCCUUGAUCAUGCUGUGCCACAUUAAAUGUCUAUCUGUAUGCUGUAAUGAACCGUAUUCGUAUGCAUGUAAAGUAAGAUUAAGAACCUGUGUACUCUGUUCAACAUGAGACAAUCUCAUUUUUGUGCAGGUUGUAAAGCACAAUCCUGUUAUUAUCGUAAUGAUUAAUCCAUGGCUCUACAUUUUACAAUAAAAUAACACGUUUUACUAAUUUU